AUGUCAUGUCUCAAAGGUCACAAAGAGCAGCACGGCCUGUCGAGCCUCCAGUCAGAGCAGCACGGCCUGUCGAGCCUCCAGUCAGAGCAGCACGGCCUGUCGAGCCUCCAGUCAGAGCGGCACGGCCUGUCGAGCCUCCAGUCAGAGCGGCACGGCCUGUCGAGCCUCCAGUCAGAGCGGCACGGCCUGUCGAGCCUCCAGUCAGAGCGGCACGGCCUGUCGAGCCUCCAGUCAGAGCAGCACGGCCUGUCGAGCCUCCAGUCAGAGCAGCACGGCCUGUCGAGCCUCCAGUCAGAGCAGCACGGCCUGUCGAGCCUCCAGUCAGAGCAGCACGGCCUGUCGAGCCUCCAGUCAGAGCAGCACGGCCUGUCGAGCCUCCAGUCAGAGCAGCACGGCCUGUCGAGCCUCCAGUCAGAGCAGCACGGCCUGUCGAGCCUCCAGUCUUCACCGGUGAGGGUCACAGACCCCUGCAGCUGCUGUGUGACAGAGGGUUCAGAGGAGGACCCCGCGGAGGCUGAUCUGUGGCUGCUCAACAGCUGCACGGUGAAAAACCCAGCCGAAGAUCACUUCAGAAACGCCAUCAAGAAGGCCCAGGAGCAGGAUAAGAAGGUGGUGGUCGCUGGAUGUGUUCCCCAGGCCCAGCCCAGGAUGGACUACCUUAAAGGACUCAGCAUCAUCGGGGUUCAGCAGAUUGACCGUGUGGUGGAGGUGGUGGACGAGGCUGUUAAAGGUCACUCGGUGCGUCUGCUGGGUCAGAAGAAGGACAACGGGAAGCGUCUCGGCGGAGCCAGACUGGAUCUGCCCAAGAUUAGAAAGAACCCUCUGAUAGAGAUCAUUUCAAUCAAUACAGGUUGUCUGAAUGCCUGUACCUACUGUAAAACCAAGCAUGCCAGAGGAGACCUGGCCAGCUACCCUGUGGAGGAACUCGUGGAGAGAGCCAGACAGUCCUUCCAAGAGGGUGUCUGUGAGAUCUGGCUGACCAGUGAGGACACCGGGGCUUAUGGGAAGGAUAUUGGGACAGACCUGCCCACUCUGCUAUGGAGACUAGUGGAAGAAAUUCCCGAAGGAGCCAUGCUGAGACUGGGCAUGACCAACCCUCCGUACAUCCUGGAGCACCUAGAGGAGAUGUCUACGAUCCUGAACCAUCCUCGUGUGUAUGCCUUUCUCCAUGUCCCGGUGCAGUCUGCCUCCGACAGCGUCCUGAUGGACAUGAAGAGGGAGUACUGUGCUGAUGACUUCAGGCGCGUCGCUGACUUCCUGAAAGACAAGGUUCCUGGUAUCACCAUCGCAACGGACAUCAUCUGUGGUUUCCCAGGGGAGACGGAUGCUGACUUCCAGGAGACAUGUGACCUGGUGAAGGAGUAUCGCUUCCCCAGCCUCUUCAUCAACCAGUUCUACCCCCGGCCUGGCACCCCCGCCGCCAAGAUGGACCAGGUCCCCGCCCAAGUGAAAAAACAACGGACCAAAGAGCUGUCGACCCUGUUCCACUCCUAUAACCCCUACCACCACAAGUGUCCAUUCCUAUAA